AUAAGUGUAGUAAUUAACACCAGUCGUCAAUGUUAAGAAUGUUUUUUUCUUUUAUGCAUUUCAUUAUAUUAUUCAAUACAUAAUUUAUAAAUUAAUAUUUUACGCUACACAAUUUACAUUUUCUAUAACAGCUAAAAUUAUAUCCAUACAAAAAUUAGUAUAUAUUGCGUAGAUUGUAGUAGUAGUAGUACUAGAUCUAGUAGAUAUAAGAAUUAUUACUGUCCUAGAUUCCAAAAUCUAUAUUAACCCUUAAACUACGAUCCCCAUUAAAUUUUUAUUUAGGCCUAAAUCGUUCUGAAAAUGUUUAUACAACUUGUAUCGUAGAUCACAUUUAAAAAGAGUGUUUUUUUUUUAAUUUUGAAAGGGUAUUUAGUAUUUAUUAUUAUAAAAACAAACAAAAAAAGUUGUGUAUUUAAUGCACAAUAAAUGAUGACGUAUUUCACACGGAAGAGCUUUCAAGACAAGGGGUAACGGGGUGAAUCCUACAAACAAUAUGGCAGCAUAUGCACCAAGCGACCUUGAUUUAUUUACCCGAUUUGUAUGUUUUGGUUCUGAAGAUGGUAGUUAUAAUGUCCUCGCCCAGCCAGAAUUCACUGAUAGAGCCCCAUCGUUGGGCUCAUUCUUGUGUAAAGAAAAGGGAGCAGAAGCUAUAUCUCGAAUAAGAAAAGUUUUCCUGAACAAGAGUUAUAUUACCAAGGACCCACUGCUUUACGCACUUGCCACUAUUAUUAGAAAGACCCCAGUAACAGACAAGCAUGAGGAGGAUGAAGUUCGUACAACAGCGUACGCUCUUGCUGAGGAAAUCUGUGUCUCACCAAUGGAUCUCUUUACUUUUGUUCACUAUGACAAGGCUGUUGCUGAUAAUAAAAAGGCGGGCUGGGGGCGGGGUAUGAGGCGCCUGGUCACCAAAUGGUAUGAAUCUAAGGCACCUCUCAAGCUGGCUUCAGAGGUGACGAAGUGCAAGUCAGGUAGAGGCUGGACCCAUCGAGAUCUCAUUCGCCAAACUCACAUCAAAGCUGAUAAAGUUAGUAAAGGUACUUCUCUGGUUAUUAAGUAUCUAAUACAACACAGUAAGCAGAUAGAAAACCCAGAGGAUGAUCUUGAGCCAGUUGUAACAUUUCUCAAUGACUUAAAUUCUUUGACGUCAUCUAAUUCUUCUGAAGGGGCUUUGGUGCGGAGCUUGAUAGAAAAACACAAGCUAGUGGAUCGACAGAUUCCUUCUUUUCUUUUACAAAUGCCAGAGACCUAUGAAGGUUUGUUAGGCCACAUAAAGCUAGAGGAUGUGAUUAGAAGCAUACCAAAAAUGGCUUCAUUAAGAAUGCUGGACUAUGCAGCCCCUCAAACUGCUCAAGUAGUUGAUGUAGUGAAAAAUGUAGAUAGGAUUCUUCAAGAGAAGAUCCAUCCUAUGGUGAUAUUUCGAUCUUUACGUCGCUAUGAAUCAGACAGAACCAAGAAAUGGGUAAAAAACAUCCACCUUAUCAAAGCCUUACAGGCUGCUAUGAUCACAUCUAUGCAAAAUCUUGAGACUAUUGGCAAACGCACGCUGUUGGCUGUCCAUAUUGAUAGUAAAAUUGCAAAGCAGCAUGUGAUAGGGUCCAGCUACCUCUCCCCCAUCAUGCCUUGCACACUAAUGACCAAGUUCCUCCUAGAGUCAGAGGAAAAACUUCAUGUGAUAUUUUUUCAGCAAAAAGUUUUUGAGAUCCCAUUUACUCGUAGAGUCUCCAUGACAGGAAUUGUUGAAAAGUUUCUGGAUGCCACAAAAGAACCAGGGAAUGCAACAUACAAUAUAUCUGAGCCCUUGAAGUGGGCAGCACAAAGCAAGAAAGCCUUCGACAACAUCCUCGUCAUCACAGACAAGAAGGUGGUCACCACUGGACAAGACUUUCAUGCUGCUGUCAGAAACUAUCGCAGUGAAAUGGCCCUGCCUAGCACAAAAGUUGUGUUGAUUGGCCUGGGAGAUCUGACUGCUGUGACCAACAAAAAUGACAUGAACAUGUUGGAGAUCAGUGGGUUCAAUGAGACAGUGCCUCCAUUGGUCUACAACUUUUUCCUAGGAAAGUUUGACUACCCCUCUUAUGAAGUCAAAGUUGAAGCCCCUUAAAGCUUACAGUUUUACCAGAUAAAGCCUUGAUUAUUAUUUAUUACAAUGCCCAAAUAAUUCUGUGAAUUAAUUUAUUAUUAAGUGAAGACAUUCUCCAGUGUAACAAUUAUGGCCUACAUAUAUAUUUUGACCAUCUAAAUUAUAUUAUACUUUCAUUUGAUCCAUACUUUUAGAUUAUGAUACAUUAAAUUAUAUAUUAUAUCAGGUUGACAACAGUCGUUGAUAUUUAUAGUUCAAUGCAUGCCACAUUGGCUUUAGAAGUUGUUUAAUAAUGAACCAUUUUCAUGAGCAUCCCCUUAUUUCCGACCUUUAAACAUACUUAAACUGUUAGCUAUCCCGUCCAUUGCUAAAUGUGAGCAAUUGUUAUAUUUGCUGCUGAAUUUGAUACAAAAUUUAUUUCUUUGUCUGGCUGUUAAGGUCAUUCCCCCCAGAGAAAAAAUAUUUAUUAUAAUAAUUAAUGUAAAUGUGUUUUCCAACUUUUUUUUUCACUAGAGUACUAAAAUAGACUUGACAGGAAUUUGUUGACCUGUUCAGGCUACAUUAGUUUAAUGUUACCCAAUGUUCACAUGAUAUUAAAUUUAAGUAAAAAAUAAGUUUUUACAGAGAUUUCAAUAUUUCAUGCCUCAAUUCUACACAUUUUGUUCUAUUUAUACUUUUACAAUUCAGUUACUUGACUUUUUUUUAUUUCUUUUCUAUUCUGUUGUGACCAUAAGGCUUUCUUGUUUUGAUAAACAAUUGCACACCCUUUUUCUUAAAAAAAAACAUGGAUUAGAAUUGUUUCUCACAUUAUUUCCAUGUCUAGUCAAUUCAUUUAUAAAGAACUAAGUUGAUUAAUGGGCAAUUAUUUCUUUUUGUUUGCCAAUCCUAUUGUGAUAAUUAUUUUCUAUUUCAAGCUUGGUAAAUUAUAGGGUUGGAUACCAAAUGUACCAUUUUAUUUUAUGUUUUCCUCAAAUAUUGUUGAAUGUACUGAUAUUUUUAAA